UAUUUUAAAGUAAUGUCCAAAGUAAUAUUGCUUGUUCUAUGUUUAAAAUGAUUUUUCGGUAUUCUCCGUCGAAGAGCACUUUGUUAAACAAUGGGUUUAGACAUGUGUUUCUUUGCUUUAUAACACCUGCGGUCCAAUUCUACCUAAUAAAUGACGUCAAACGCGAACUUAAAUACAUACCUUGCAAAGCAAAUAUUGCGUACACUGCAAAACAAUAAUGAGUUAAUGAUAACGAUCGCAGGAUAAAAUGGUCUUUGGGAAACUAAAUCAUAUUUUUCACAGAGUAUUUAAAGCGUGAAGUUAUUUUGAAGUUAUUAAAGCAACAACGAUUUGAACAAAAAUCAAGUUACCUAAUGUUAACUCUGUGUAUAGAAAAAUACUUAUCUUCGAUAUAACAUCAAUAAAAGUACUUGCAAUGACAGCUUAUUAUUAUUUUGUAAUUGUUGGUCAUGCCGAUAAUCCUUUAUUUGAAAUUGAAUUUAACAAUUCUGGAAAGGAUGCAAAGAAAGAAGAUUACUCACAUUUAAAUCAAUUCAUUGCACAUUCUGCAUUAGAUCUCAUAGACGAGCAUACCUGGAAAACGCCGAAUAUGCAUCUAAAAAUUGUAGAUAAAUUCAACCAAUGGUUUGUGAGUGCCUUCGUUACUGCAACACACAUUAGAUUCAUUAUGGUACAUGAUAGCAAAAAUGAAGAUGGCAUAAAGAAUUUCUUCAAUGAAAUGUAUGAGACAUAUAUAAAAUACUCUAUGAAUCCAUUCUAUAAGUUAAACACACCUAUUAAGUCUAUUGGCUUUGAAAAAAAGGCCCAAUUGUAUGGUAGAAAAUAUUUAUCAUCAUAAGCUGAUUUAUUUCAAUUUUGUGAAGUGUUAAUAAUAAAGCAUAUUAAUGUUGUUA